GUGAAAAGUUGUGCUGAAUCCAUCACCUCUAAAUUUCAGAUUUCUUAUUGAAUGGUGUGGAAGCAGUUGUACAGAGUCGAGAGCCUGGCAGUCCAUGCUCAGGAGGACAGGUCUUUUACCGAGACCAUAUCUUGAUCAGACGUAUCAUUUCUCAGCUGGCGUAAAACAUUCCCGUCUUUGCCCCUCAUGUAUUCGGUUCCUUCCGACUGUAGCCACUGCCCGUCGCGCAGACGGCCCAGAUCUCUCUCACUUCUCGCCAGCUCUCCUUCCCAGUCUCCAUUCCUCCCGCAGCACGGACCCCGACCCCUCUCUCUUGUCCCACAGCUCUGCUGCCGCACUGCUCUCUCAUCUUAUUUCAAACACCCCUACCAUCGAUCUUCUUUCCUCCAGAGUACGGCAGUCAUCCGUUCUCAGCACCUUCUUCUCCCACUCAAACGACGUCCGUCUCCUUUCCGAAGAAAUCGCCAGAAAUACCCCUCGUCAUGCUCCAUCACUCAUUCAUCUGGCCCUCGUUCUCGGCUGCUCUCUGCAUGUCAAUGUAUACGAGUGUACUUCACAUCAUCUCGCCAUGGAGAAGCACUGGGACACCCUUCUUGCCGUCGUCCUAGCAGCCACACAGCAUGUACGGCUAACUACCCGUCUUCUCAAUUGGCGCGUGCGUGCGUUGCUACAACUCAAGGACUACGCGUCUCUCGAACACGUCUUGGACGAAUUCGUGAAAUACAGCGUAAAGCCCAACAGGAGGACUUACCAUCUUAUCCUUUCUGGCUACAUUCAAAACGGCGACCUAUCCCGUUCCAAGGACAUACUUCACAAAAUGGAGUCCGACGGAAUAACUCCUGACGCCUUCACUUACUCUCUACUCGCCAUCUAUUAUCGUACCCUCGGACCCAACUCUCAAGUUCAGGACGUCGCUGCGGCAUCUUUGGACGCCAUUCCCAAGAAUACUGCAACCUCGAUCCUCAACUCCCUUCUACGCAUGCAUAUGGAGGCCAACGACACAGACGGCAUCAUCUCAGUACUCGCACAGUUCUCAUAUCAUCAUAUUCUCCCUAUCAUCACUGUCGUCACAAGAAUGGAUCCCACCGCAGAAAGCCCGUUCCUGCUGUCGUCCAUAAUGCCCGAUGCCGCUACUUAUGCGACGUCUAUCAACUACAUGGCGUCUCGUCGUGACAUAUCGGGUGCAAUGCAUCUAUUACACGGAAUGUUAUCCGUCGGUCUCUCCCCUCGCUCAGAGACCAUCACCGCUUUGCUCCAUGUCUUGUUCAUAGCGAAUGAUCAUCCUACCGCCAUACGUCUGGUCGCCGCCAUCUGCAAACCCGAGUCCGCAUCUUUCUUCAAGGCCCUCAUGACCUCCUCUUCCCACCAUCCAUUACCGCUUGAUCCUCAAGGGAUUCAACCCCAUGUUGGGAUUUUCAAUGCCCUUCUGAAGGGAAUCCUUCGUUUGCAUGGUUUGAAUGGUGCCGUUCCUGUUCUCCAAAUAAUGUACAUGCACCAGAUCCGUCCCAAUUCCAGCUCUCUCGAAAUCUUAAUUUCCCACCUGGUCGUCGUUGAGCGUACGCCUCCUCAUAUGGUUUCACGCGUCAUACAGGCUUUCGUUACGAGUCACAUUCAUCCGAAUCUGCGCCACUUGCACGUAAUUCUCAGUUCCAUCAUCCGGCACGAACGUUAUCUUCUAUACGGUGUUGGUUGGAACAGAACAGCCGCUAGAUUCUCCCCCAGCAGGUCUUAUCAGGACCUACCAUUUCCGCAGGAAGACGUUCUUACUGGCGUGGCUGAGGAUUUUGAUCCCGUGGCCGGUAUUUCCCCUCCCCGGAAUCCAUCAUACGACAAGCACCUUCGUCCUUUCUUAGAUUCUCUCGCCUCGAGGAAUACUAGAAGCGACUCUGCGGCCCUUGCACUACGUCUAAAACGGGAUGCCACUAGGCUGGAGUUUUCUAGUUCCCAGGCGGUCUUUGACACUUUGCUGCGAAGAGGAUUCAUGCCCAAUGAAUAUCAUUAUAGUGCUUUGAUGGAAGGUUAUUCGCGUUCCGGCGACCUUGAAUCUGCGAAAAACCUUCUUGACACGGCAGUCAAGGCCGGCUUGAAGCCCAAUGCACUCAUGUUCACUAUCCUCAUUGUCGGGUACGCUCGGGAAGGGAACCCGAAGCAGUCAAUGGAAACCUUCAUCCAGAUGAUCACUUCUGGUAUACGGCCCGAUGUCCCAUCCAUCGAUGCAGUUGCGAGCGCAUUUUUUGCCGUUGGCGCCUACAAAGCAGCUAGACAAACUCUUAUGAGCCUUUGGCAUCAUAUCGAACCGUUCCCGGCCCAUUUACAGGAAGCCUCUUUGCGAGAGAUAGCGGUGGAAUUUCGACUGUUGGAGACGAAAAAUAACCGUGGCAAGCUGCGGGAGGGCGAGUUACAUCGAGCACUGACGUCAAUUAGACAUAUUCUUAACAGUCAUUCGGCACAACUUCCUGCGGUCUAUACAUAAAUGAAAUGGAUACUUUACUUUAUUUAAUUUGAUGCAAAAAUGGAUUAC